AUGGUCAAAAAGAGUUUGAGGUGGGACCCGGAAGUCGAGAGACAGCAGGAAGCAAAGGCUUCGAGACGGAACCCGCUUCCCCCUCCCCAGGAUGAACCACCUGCGCCGCCUGACCCACCGCUUCCAACUCACCAUCGUCCGACCGUCUUCAAUCUCGCUGGUAAAGACGUGUUUCAGAGGCGCGACGGAAAGCCUGGUUUCGGCGGAUCACUUCUACGGGUCACUAGGAUGCACCGGAAACGGGGCAACCAGGUGAUUUACCACGACUUGGCUGACUUCUACGAUGAUUUCCACACCGGCCAGAAUUUCCCAUUUAGACUGAAGCAGCACUUUUCCGGGGCGGUCGUUGCGAAAGGCUUCACGCUGAUCAGUCCCACCCAGCCGAAAGCGGCAAGAUACUUAGAUCCGUCACUGACACUGGAUCACAAAACUCCGCUGCAACGAGGAAAUGAGCUAGCGGGAAAAACUCCCCUGCAACGAGGAAUGGUUUGCUGUCGCUGGCAGUUUCCGGAGUGCCACCAGGUGCUUGUUGUCAGGGGGGGUGACCGGGAUAGCACACCGGAGCGUCAUGAGGCGGAUUACGGCGUGGACACAUACUACGAAGUGGUUGAGCAGGACGGUGUGUCCAUCGAGGAACAGACCAUCUUUUUCCUUUGCCGUGCUCUUGGGUCUGAUGUCUCGACCGAGGAAGAAGAGGUUCUGAACAAGCUACUCAAGAAGUUCCAACGGCAGAGCUUUUGA